AAGCCCUUUACUUCUUUCUCUCUCUAUAUGUAUAUAUGUAUGUAUAGACGCACUACUCUUCGGUAAAUUAACGGGCAUCUUCUCUCUUUAUUCCAUCUCCCUCUCACUGACUUUUGUAGUUCUUUAGGGAGAAAAAUCCUCAAAGCAACACAUUUUAGAGUGUUGAAUUGAAUCUCGUCCUCCUCUCGGAAAAAAGAUCCUUUUUUUUUUCCCAUAAGCCAAUUUGCCAAAAAACUAAUGUAGUCUUCACAGAUCUUAACCCUCUUUCUCAUACAUAAUCUCUCAAAAAACCCAGAAACGGAAGUGGGAAUCUUUUUAGGUAUUUACCAUUUUUCUGUUUUUUUAAUUUUUGUAACAAAAAUGGUGGUGAAGAUGAUGAGGUGGAGGCCUUGGCCUCCUCUGAUUUCAAGAAAAUAUGAGGUGAAACUCACGGUGCAGAGCCUCGAGGGCUGUGAUUGGGUGCCAGAGAGUGCAGAGAAGGAUAAUGGUGGGCUUGCAGUGGAGAUCAGGUGGAAGGGUCCCAAGAUUUCUUUGGGUUCAUUAAGGAGGACUGUGAAAAGGAAUUGCACGAGAGAAGAAAUUGUUAAAAGGGUUGAUGGGACAGACGGUGGGGUUCUUGUGGAAUGGGAUGAGGAAUUUCAUAGCGUUUGUAAUCUUUCUGGAUACAGGGAAAAUGCAUUUCAUCCAUGGGAGAUUACCUUGACUGUGGUGCACGGUUUGAAUCAAGGGGCAAAGAACAAGGUUGCUAUCUUGGGCUCUGCAGUUCUGAAUCUUGCUGAAUUUGCUUCCAAAAUUGAAGAGCAAGAAAUUGAGCUUAAGAUCCCUUUGGCAGUUUCUGGCAAUGCAGCUGGGACCAGCCCCUUGCUUCAUAUAUUUCUUAGCUUAUUGGAAUUGCGAGCUUCCCAAGAAUUGACAGAGCUAGUGCAGAGGCAAAUAGUUCCCAUUUCGUCCCCAUCACCGACUGGAGAAACUUCCUCGUCGGAGAAAGAUGAGGUUUCUGCGCUUAAAGCUGGUCUCAGAAAGGUAAAAAUGCUUACAGAGUAUGUGUCUAAUCGAAGAGCUAAAAAAGCCUGCCGUGAGGAAGAGGGUAGCGACGGGAGGGGCUCAGCUAAGAGUGAGGAGGGCGAUUACACUUAUAACUUUGAUUCAGAUUCUCUCGAUGAGUUUGAGGAAGGGCAAUCUGAUGAAGCUAAAGAUAAUACUACUGUUAGGAAAUCGUUUAGUUAUGGGACAUUGGCCUAUGCUAAUUAUGCAGGCGUGUCAUAUUACUCUAGUGCUAGAAUAAACUGUGAAGAUGAGGAUUGGAUUUACUACAGCUACCGCAAAUCAGAUAUAAACUGCUCGCACAAGGAGGAUCCCGUUUCUACUGUUUCUGAGUCAUCAUUGUUGCAGAAUUCAAAACGUAGUAUUUUGCCUUGGAGGAAGAGGAAGCUGAGUUUUAGAUCUCCUAAAGUCAAAGGAGAGCCGUUAUUGAAGAAAGCUUAUGGAGAAGAAGGGGGAGAUGAUAUUGACUAUGAUCGCCGGCAGCUCAGCUCUGAUGAAUCUCUUUCUUUUGGGUGGCACAAGACGGAUGAAGACUCAAAUCCAAAUCGAACAUCUGUUUCUGAGUUUGGUGAUGAUAGUUUUGCUGUUGGCAGCUGGGAGCAGAAUGAAAUAACGAGCCGAGAUGGACGCAUGAAGAUUCAGACACAGGUCUUCUUUGCUACCAUUGAUCAGCGAAGUGAAAGGGCUGCUGGAGAAAGUGCAUGUACUGCCCUAGUCACUGUGAUUGCUGAUUGGUUGCAGAAAAAUCGUGAUCUCAUGCCCAUUAAGUCACAAUUUGAUUGUUUAAUCAGAGAUGGCUCCUUAGAAUGGAGGAACCUUUGUGAGAAUGAAACUUACCGGGUGCAUUUUCCUGACAAGCACUUUGAUUUAGAGACAGUCCUCCAAGCCAAAGUCUGUGAUCUCGGUGUAGUUCCUGGGAAAUCAUUUAUCGGAUUUUUCCAUCCAGAUGAAAUGGAGGAGGGAAAUUUUGAUUUUUUGCAUGGUGCUAUGUCCUUCGACAGUAUCUGGGAUGAGAUUAGCCGUUCAGCGUGUUUCCACACUGGUGAAGCCCCAGUUUUCAUUGUCAGUUGGAAUGACCAUUUUUUUGUGCUCAAGGUUGAAGCAGAUGCUUACUACAUAAUUGACACAUUAGGAGAGCGAUUGUAUGAGGGAUGCAAUCAGGCUUACAUACUGAAAUUCGACCGGCAUACAACUAUAUACAAACUACCAAGUAUGACACAAUUAUCGGAAGAGAAAAUUGUUGGUGAUAAGCCGACUGUUGCUGAGACAGUGGAGUCCAAGAAUUCAAGUGCGCAGCAUAUAUACUCAAGGGACGAUUCCAAAGAUGGGACAAAUGUGGCAGGACGUGAGGAACCGAUGAAGAAUGAAGAGGAAGUUGUUUGUAGUGGUAAAGAGUCGUGCAAGGAGUAUAUAAAGAGUUUCUUGGCUGCAAUUCCGAUUAGAGAACUCCAGGCAGAUAUCAAGAAAGGUUUGAUAACUUCAACGCCUGUUCAUCACAGACUACAGAUUGAAUUCCACUUCACAACGACAACCACAAGCUACCACCUCAACUCCACCAGUAGAAGUGGUCACAUCCAGACCAAAAGCGGUUGAUGUUAUAGUGAGUUGUUAAAAGAUUAGGCUUCAGAGACUUCUUUUAAUUGUAUAUUUGUUUGAAUAGUGUGAUUAUUUCUAACUUAAUUUCGUCUUUGUGUCGUGUCUAGUUGAUUAGAGUCGUCUUUAAUUUUACCCUUCAAGGACUAGAGGCGAAAUCGUCUCGAUUGUUCUAUAAGUGGCAAUUCUAAUUAAAGUGUGGUGACUUUCGUUCUAUAAUUUUGUGUCAUCUCAUUUUUAUUUUUAUUUUU